AUGUCACGCAGGUUUUCGACCAGUGCCGAAGAGAGAAUAAACGCCGCCCGUGGCUAUAAAGCUGCGUUGCACAAUGAACACGUCUCUGCCGAGGCAAAGCAGCAUGCACGGGAUAUACUCCAUGGGCUAAAUGAGCAAGAUGCCCGUCGGGAACUGAGUGAGGAAAAUAUGCGCAAGCCUUAUCACCGCCACCAGCGACGCUCAUCUGGAGGCAAAACACCGGAUUCCCCUCAAGAAAGAAUUAAUGCCGCUCGAGGUUAUAAAGCAGCUACUCAUAAUCCACUCGUCUCGGAAGAGGGAAAACAACAGGCGGGGGACAUGCUGCAGCGGAUGGACGACGAGGGAGCCCGGCAAGAAAUAUAUCAUCAGGAGGAAAGGACUAAAGACCCUAUCAGGGUUGCAGCGGGACUAAAAGCCGCGCAGAGAAAUCCGCUCGUCAGUGAGGACGGUCGCCACAGAGCUGCUGACCAGCUAUAUGAGCUUUAA